AUGGGGACGGCGCGAGCGAUCAGCGCUGCACACCCCGGGAGGAGCAGCGUUGCCCGGGAAGAAAGCGGACUCUGCCCGCGUGGGAGAAGACGCGAGAAAACAGUGCCUUUGCCUUCUGAGAAGUUCUGCCAGUGUCACACGAACAAUUUGAAGUCAAUAAAGGGAAGUUGCCAUAAUUUAUGUACUGUUUCUAAGGAUGUCACCUACAAGGAACUUAAAAACCUAUUGAGCUCCAAAAGUGUUAUGUUAAUUGAUGUUAGAGAGAAAUGGGAAAUUGUGGAACAUGGAAAAAUCCCUGGAUCUAUCAAUAUACCCUUACAUGAAGUAACUGAAGCCCUACAGAUGAACUCAAGAGACUUCGAGGAGAAGUACUGCGAAGCCAAGCCAUCCAAGUCAGAUAGUCUGGUGUUCUCUUGUUUAGCGGGAGAGAGAGUAAGAAGCAAGGAGGCUCUGGACACAGCAAGAUCUCUGGGCUUUAACAGUGCUAAACACUAUGCUGGAGGAUGGAAGGAAUGGGCAACCUAUGAAUUUUCAGAGAAGAAGAUCUCUUGGUAUCUACUAAGAGCCACUGUGGGAACAAUCAAAGGCAGGGAAGAGGAGCGGGCUGAUGAGUGGGAGAGUGAUGACAGGGAUUCCAGAGAAUGGCAUGCAUGGGACACAACGUUCGUUGCAAAACUUACUACUGAGCCGUGA